UUGUCAGCAUGCAGCAGUGUACCUGAGCGCGGAGGAAGCUAUUUUUGAGCACCGAAUUGAUUUUUGUCUGCUCAACCAUAAGUUUUGCGCGUACGAUUUUAAUUUUUCGCGGGAAUAAUUUCAAUUGUGGCAUGAAUAUAAUUCCAUAUAAAACGGGGUAAAUUAGGAGUAAAUGACUUUCAAAAAGAACACAGGAACCCUGGAACUGAUCAGCGUACUGCUCUCUCCGCUAUCUUACGGGAAGUUCUUCCCAUAACCAUACCUGCAUUAGCCGCCAUCAGAAUAAGGUGGAUACAUUUUGUAAGUUUUGUUUUUUGUAGCCCAUGUGGUUUAAGACUGAGAUGUAAGUGCUGCAGUCGUCCUAUGGAGGGCAGCAAAACGCUUAUCUGCAUUUAAACUACCGGAACUGUAUAAGAAGAAGAUAUCGGGAAGCAUAGCUUACAUCCUGUAAGAACUAUCAGCCAUCAAAAUACAUUACCAAAUUAAAAAACAACAGCCAUCAUGGGAGCCGUUCUGGGAUUGUGCUCCAUGGCGAGCUGGAUCCCAUGCCUGUGUGGCAGUGCACCCUGCCUCCUCUGCCGAUGCUGCCCCAGUGGAAAUAACUCUACAGUGACUCGCCUGAUUUAUGCCUUCUUCCUGCUGCUGGGAGUGGGUGUUGCCUGUAUUAUGUUGAUGCCUGGCAUGGAAGAGCAGCUAAAGAAGAUUCCGGGUUUUUGUGAAGGAGGGAUAGGUUCAUCUAUUCCUGGUGUUGAAGGUCAUGUGAACUGUGAUGUGCUGGUUGGCUACAAGGCUGUGUACCGCGUUUGCUUCGGCAUGGCCAUGUUCUUCCUGCUCUUCUCGCUGCUCAUGAUCAAAGUCAAGACUAGCCAGGACCCCCGAGCUGCACUACACAAUGGGUUUUGGUUCUUUAAGUUUGUUGCAGCUACUGCCAUGACUAUUGGAUCAUUUUUCAUCUCAGAAGGUCCCUUCACUACUGUGUGGUUUUAUGUUGGCAUGGCUGGUGCCUUCUGCUUCAUUCUCAUCCAGCUGGUUUUACUCAUUGACUUUGCCCAUUCCUGGAAUGAAUCCUGGGUAGAGAAGAUGGAAGAAGGCAAUUCUCGCUGCUGGUAUGCAGCUCUGCUGUCGGUUACCACAGUAAAUUACUUGCUGUCUCUGGUGUCUCUGGUAAUGUUCUACGUCUACUACACCAACUCUGAUGGUUGCACCGAGAACAAGGUCUUCAUCAGCAUCAACAUGCUCCUCUGCAUCGCAGCCUCUGUCAUGUCCAUCCUGCCACAGAUCCAGGAGUCCCAGCCCAGGUCCGGCCUGCUGCAGUCCUCCCUGGUGACCUUGUACACCAUGUACUUGACUUGGUCUGCCAUGACCAAUGAACCUGACAGGAAAUGUAACCCAAGCCUUUUGGGUAUUAUCGGACUGAACAGCACUAGUCCUGCAGUUCAGGACCAUGUGGUUGAGUGGUGGGAUGCCCAGGGGAUUGUGGGAUUGAUCCUUUUCCUCAUGUGUGUCCUCUACUCCAGUAUUCGUAAUUCAUCCAAUGCCCAGAUGAACAAGCUGACUCUGACAAGUGACGAGUCAGCUCUUAUUGAGGAUGGGCCUCAGACUGACAACUUUGAAGAGGGCAGCAGUCUUCACAGAGCUGUGGACAAUGAGAAGGAUGGUGUUACCUACUCCUACUCUUUCUUCCAUUUCAUGUUGUUCUUGGCGUCACUCUACAUCAUGAUGACACUCACCAACUGGUAUAGCCCUGACUCCAACUAUGAGGCCAUGACCAGCAAGUGGCCAUCGGUGUGGGUGAAGAUCUCCUCCAGCUGGAUCUGCAUCGCCCUGUAUGUGUGGACACUGGUGGCUCCGCUGGUUCUGGUCAACAGAGACUUUGACUGAAAUACAGCUGAUAGACACAUCAAUACCCAGCCUCACCUGUGUUUUGUUUGGUAAAACAAUAGGUUGCUAACCCUGCUUCAGUUACUACUGGCGAGUCUGGGGCUGCAUUUAGGCUAGAUUCAGGUCUGUUUUGUUUGCCGCACUGGCCUGUCUGUAGAAUUUAUUGCCGCUUCCUUGCUGCAGUCCAGCUUUUCUGGUGUAGUGUUAUUGUGAAUCCUCAGCUGCUUGUUGUCAUGGUUUCCCGUUGUUUUGUCAUUUUAAAUAUCCUGUGUAUUCCUGGUAUAUGAUUCUGUUUUCUUUAAAUGAACAGAUAGCUGCAUGCUUUUCCUUUAAAACUUGAUGUGACAUUAAUAGUAGCUAACUUUUAUGAAGAUUAUAAUGGUUUUGCUUAGUGACCCCUGCGCUAAGGAACAAUUGAACUCUUUACUCUAGGAUUACAUAUGGAAAUGCUGUUACAUGUAAAAUAAGGGAGAAACUGCUUUGAUUCUGUGGCUGUCAACUGGAUUUGAGUUGUUGUCUAAGAGCAUGACUCCAGCUGUGCACUGACAGGUGAGAGCAGUCGAGCAUUUUUGUUCAUCAACUAGUAAAAUAAUCGGGCAUGAGCGGUACUGUGUAGCAUUGUGCUGGUUGAUGUUUGUGAUCUGCUAUCAUGUGUUAAAGCUCUACUAGCUCAGUGUUUACUCUGCAGCUUGCACACCCCUGAGCACAUACGUAACAAUGUAUUUGCAUUGAAUUUUGACUUUAAAUGUAAGACUGAUUGUUUGAAAACUUCUAAGUUAUUUGGUAGUGUUUAGCAUUAGUCAUGUAGUUUCUCACCAAUUUGGUAGACAUGUUGUGGCUCUGCAUUUUGUGUCUCACCUAGACUUUUGUUCUAAUGUGAUUUUUUUUUCUUCUCUUAACAUGUACAAGUAUUAUAAAUCAUUUAAUAAAACUGACAAAAAAACAGCCGGUUUUCA